AUGACAGACUAUAAAGAUUUAGUAAAACAACGGAGCACAAUUAGAGCUCAAUUAACAUUGUUUGAAAAAUAUUUACAACCAUUACUGGAAACUCGAGAAAUAAAUAAGGUUAGGAUUCAUGAAUUAAACUUAAGGCUAGUAAAAACUCGUGAACUAUCAUAUAACUUUGAUAAGGUGCAGACAGACAUUGAGAAGUGGGUAUUGGAUGAAGAUUUAGAUAAACAAAUUGAGGAACGCGAACAAACAGAAAAUAAAUUCUUUUCUUUAAUUGCUGAAGCUGAAGCUCUGUUAGAAUAUUACAAUAAUGAAAACCAAUCUGAAACUUCAUCUGCCAACACUCAGUCUGCCUUAAAUCUGAAGCUACCUCCAUUACAUAUUUUAAGAUUCGACGGACAGACCAGCAUGUGGAUAACCUUCAGGGAUACCUUUCUGUCUUUGAUUCAUGAGAAUGGAAGUAUUCAAGAAGUUGCUAAGUUUCACUAUUUGAAGUCCUAUCUAGAUGGCGCUGCCAGUGACGUUAUUAGUUCUAUCGCUGUUUCUGCAGCUAAUUAUCGAAUUGCUUGGAACUUAUUAUGUGAUAGGUACAAUAAUAAACGUAUAUUAAUUAAUGAGCAUUUAAAAGCGAUAUUUUCAAUCGAACCUUUGUCUAAGGAAUCAGAUAAGGGUAUUCGUUGUUUAAUUGAUGCAUUUUCUAAAAAUUUAAGCGCAUUAAAUAGUUUAGAAGAACCGACCGAUUCAUGGGACACGAUUAUUAUAUACAUAGCAGUUAGUAAAUUAGACAGUAUUACAGCGGGUAAAUGGGAAGAAUUUAGAAGCAAUAAGGAAUCACCUACUUUACAAAAUUUUUAUACAUUUUUACGUCAAAGGGCAACAGUUUUAGAGACAGUCAAUGCUAAUAGAUCAAAUAAAAAUGAAAAACGCAACAAUAUGGUUAAAUCUAAAUCAUUUAUUAUUUCCUCAAAGACAUCUCCUGAUUUUUCUUGCACAGUUUGUGGUUUAAAACACAAGUUGUUUGACUGCAGUAUGUUUAAAUCGUUACCAAUAGGAGAACGUAUUGCUAAGGUUUCUGCCGGUCGUCUAUGUAAGAAUUGUUUCCGAGGCGGCCAUCGAUCAUUCCAGUGCAAAAUGAGCGGCUGUAGAAUCUGCAAAGGAAAACAUAAUACCCUAUUACACAAACAACUUUCAUUACCUGUAAAUUCAACCACUCCACCUCAAGCACACAUACCAUGUGAUCAACAAACACAUGAUUCAUCUACAGUACUGACAACUACACACAAUGCUACCAUUCUAAAUGUACCUAAAACCACAGCUAAUUUCUCGAAUUCUAUAAUUAUGUCUGCUGUCGCCGCCAAUCAAGCUCUUUUGUCUACAGCGUUGGUCAAGGUGACAAACAAUGACAAACCCUACAUAUUAAGGGCUUUAUUAGAUAGUGGUAGCCAGUCUACGUUUAUAACUACAAAGGCACUACAGUUGAUCGGACUAAACAAUAUUCAAAGUGUUCAUCAAUGUGUUUCUGGUAUAGGAAACACAACUUUAAACAUUACUAAAUUAAUAGAUAUCACAAUACAUUCUACAGUGAACACCUUUAGCAUUCCGAUACGAUGUUAUGUCUUACCUCAUAUCACAGAUUCCUUACCUCACAAAUCAAUAUGUAUUAAUGGGUUAGGUAUUCCAAAUAAUAUACAACUUGCAGAUCCUAAGUUUUAUCAAUCAUCAGAAAUUGAUAUUCUUUUGGGAGCUGAUGUUUUUUGGGAGUUGCUAGAUAAUUCAAAAAUAAAACUAGGUCCUAAAUUACCUAUCCUUCAAAAAACUCAAUUAGGCUGGAUUGUAACCGGUCCUAUUAGCGGAGGUAGUUCAAAUAGUCAUGUUAUCAAAUGCCAUUUUUCUCAAGAGAUAUAUAAACAACUAGCUAUGUUCUGGGAAUUAGAAGAAAUACCUAAUAAUCCUAAAUCUCUUGAUGACAAUUAUUGUGAGAGGUUCUUUCGAGAAACUACUAAACGAGAUGACAAUGGAAGAUUUUGUGUACAAAUUCCACUUAAAGAAUCACCACAAGUGUUAGGUGAUUCAUACAACGUUGCACUUAAAAGGAGAUAUUGA